AUGGGCAAACCAGGAUUUGUGCCACCCUUUAGAGGACGAGGAGGAAGAGGAGGAGAUCGUGGAGGCGGUCGAGGUGGAGGUUUUGGAAGUCGAGGUGGAGGUUUUGCAGGUCGAGGUGGUGGCGGAGGCCGUGGUGGUAGAGGUGGGGGAAGAGGUGCUCCACGUGGAGGUCGAGGUGGUCGUGGGGCAUCACGUGGAGGACGUGGAGGUUUGAAAGGUGGGAAGACUGUAGUAAUAGAGCCACAUCGUCACGAAGGUGUGUUUAUAGCUAGAGGUAAAGAAGAUGUGUUGGUGACUCUGAAUUUUGCACCUGGAUCAGAUGUAUAUGGCGAGAAGAGAAUCACUGUUGAGGAUGAUAAGGGCGAAAAGAUUGAAUAUAGAGUAUGGAAUCCGUUCAGAUCCAAAUUGGCUGCUGCUAUUCUUGGUGGUAUCGAUCACAUUCACAUGAAACCAGGAAGCAAAGUACUGUAUCUAGGUGCUGCUUCUGGGACUUCCGUGUCUCAUGUUGCUGACAUAGUUGGUCCAGAGGGCAUGGUAUACGCGGUGGAAUUUUCCCACAGGUCGGGUAGAGAUCUGAUAAACGUUGCUAAGAAGAGGACCAAUAUCAUUCCCAUUGUUGAGGACGCGAGACACCCUCAGAAGUACAGGAUGCUUGUAGGAAUGGUAGACACCAUAUUCUCAGAUGUGGCGCAGCCAGAUCAGGCCAGAAUAGUUGCAUUGAAUGCACAGUACUUCCUCAAGAAUGGCGGGCGCUUCGUUAUUUCCAUUAAGGCAAGUUGUAUAGACUCGACCGCAGAACCUUCGGUAGUAUUCGCAGCGGAGGUGAAAAAACUUCUUGCAGAAAAUAUGAAGCCGAAGGAGCAAAUUACUCUUGAGCCGUAUGAGCGUGACCACGCCGUCGUUAACGGCAUAUACAGGCCAACGCCAGGCAAAAAGGAAACCUAGGAUAAUGUAUAUAUAGUUAAUGUAUAAUUACUAAGUAAAUAUAUGUGUAAUUCUCUUAUAUCAUUUGAACAUGAAUUACAUGUUAGUAUUCAAUUUUCAGCUAUUUUCGAUCCGAAACACCGUUUCGCUCUCGCAAACCAAAACAAAUGUAGAAAUUUUCUAUUUUAACAUUAAAAUUCUAAUAAAUAGCGGAAUAAUUUGUAAUAUAAUGUAAAUGCGAAAACGCACGCAUGCAUGUGUGCAUGCAUGUAUUUGUCACGAAUUCAGAUAUUUUGUAAUGCGAGAGCACAGUUAAUUCCAUUGAUACAGUACCUGCCAAUUUGUAUUCAAAAAUUUCAUAAACUAACGAAAACAAUUCGCUAACAAUUAUGAUGAAGUGUUGUUUGAUUUAUAUUUUCAUACGAGAAUAUGAGAGGAAAGAAGUGAGAAAUCGAUAUGUACCGUGCAUGUGAUAUUUUGAGCGAUAUUACGUUAUGAGAAUAUACGCAAACGAUAAUCACAUCGUAAUAUGUAUGAACAUAAUGAUAGAAAAUACUUUUAAUAAAUAUCAAAUAGUUCUGUCAUCAUAAAAUGGAAUUCUUUCUUUCAUAACGACGCUGUGGGACAAUAUUCUGUUUUCCAUCUUGUUUGCUUGAAUUUACUAUAAUGUGUAAUAAGCGCAAUUGCAACGAUAGAUGCGUCAUAUUUUUUCACGAACGCAUUGAACAUUUUAUGUAUUGAUACGUAUUAAAUACAGACCAGAGAUGAA